UGGGGUGCAUGAGGGACCCUCCCUGGCCCCAAGGCUGCAUGGGGGGGCCUGCCUCCUGGGGUGCAUGGAGACCCUCCCUGGUCCCAUGACUGCAUGGGGGCCCCUGCCUGGUCGCUGUCCCCUGCGGUGCAUGGGGGCACUGCCAGUCUCCAGCGCUACGGCUUGCAUGCAUGGAUCUGUGCUCAGCCCCCCCUAGCCCCAUGGGUGCAUGGCAGACCCCUGCCCAGCCCGGCCCCGUGGGUGCACAGGGAACCCCUGUCCAGUUCCCACCCUUGUGACUUCAUGGGGGGCCCUGCCCGGCCCCGUGGGUGCAGGGCCCCCCGGCUGUCCAGCCAGUGGUGUGGGUGGGGGGCGGGGGGCUGCCCUUUCCCUGCACACUGGCUUCUUGUUGUGUGGGAGGAAGCAGGAGUCAGCGGCAGGAAUGAAAGGGCCUUUUCUCCUCUUUGCAGCUGAGCCACGGCCGGGGCCGCAAGCCGGAGCGGCCGGGGCAGGGGGAGCGCCAGCGCUGGGGCCCGGGGCCCAGCAGAGCAGGGAUUGCGGGGAUCUGUCCCCAGCUCCGGCCCCUGGGGCGGCAGCAAUGGGGCUGGGGGGCACCCCGGGCAACAGGCGGCCGUGCCAGGGGGGCAGGCCAGGGCCGUAGUGGGUCCCCGCGGGCACGGCGGUGAGGGCAGCAAUGCAGGACAAGCUGCGCAUCCUGGAGGACCUGAACAUGCUCUACAUCCGGCAGAUCGCGCUCAGCCUGCAGGACACGGACAUCCAGAAGAAGAUCGACCAUGAGAUCCGGAUGCGGGAGGGCGCCUGCAAGCUGCUGGCCGCCUGCUCGCAGCGGGAGCAGGCGCUGGAGGCCACCAAGAGCCUGCUGGUCUGCAACAGCCGCAUCAUGGCCUACAUGGCUGAGCUGCAGCGCCGCAAGGAGGCCCAGGUGGCCCAGCACGGAGCCCGCCGCCCCUCGGACGCCGGCCCCACGGAGGAGCGCUCACCCUGCCGGGGCAGAGUCUGCAUCUCAGACCUCCGGAUCCCCCUGAUGUGGAAGGACACGGAGUAUUUUAAGAACAAGGGAGACCUGCACCGCUGCGCCGUGUUCUGCCUGCUGCAGAUCGGCGUGGAGAUCUACGACACCGAGAUGGUGCUGGUGGACCGCACACUCACCGACAUCUGCUUCGACAACGGGGUCCUCUUCACGGAGGCCGGCCCUGACUUUGAACUGAAGGUAGAGCUGUUCAGCGCGGGGCUGGAGGAGGACUCCGCGCUGGGCAGCACGCCCAAGAAGCUGGCCAGCAAGCUGAGCAGCUCGCUGGGACGCUCGUCGGGCAGGCGUGUGCGGGCGGCACUGGAUGGGGGCCCCGGCAGCCCUGUGAGUAACGGAGGCAGCGGCCCUCUCCUGCUGCCGGCCCCCAGUGUGGCGGGCCCCAAGUAUCACCUCCUGGCCCACGCCGUGCUCUCGCUGGCUGACGUGCAGGAUGGCUUUCGCACCCACGACCUCACCAUCACCAGCAGCGAGGAGAGCUCCUUCUGGCUGCCCCUGUACGGCAGCAUGUGCUGCCGCCUGGCCGCCCAGCCCAGCUGCAUGUCCCAGCAGAUGAUGUGCGGCUUCCUCAAGCUGCAGCAGGCGGGCGAGCCACAGAGCUGGGCCCGGCUGUACUGCGUCCUGCGUGGCACCAACCUUUUCUGCUACCGCCGGCCCCAGGACGCUGAGGCCCACGUGGAGCCAGCCUUCACCAUUGCCAUCAACAAGGAGACCCGCAUCCGGGCCACAGAGAAGGAUGCUCGGAGCAAACUGCACAGCCUGUCUGUGACCAACCGCUACGGGGGUGAGGAGGUGACCCACACACUGCUGGCCGAGAGCCGGGCUGACGUGCAGCGCUGGAUGGAGGCCUUCUGGCAGCAGUUCUACGACAUGAGCCAGUGGAAGCAGUGCUGUGAUGAGCUGAUGAAGAUCGACGUGCCCGCCCCGCGCCGGCCCCCGGCCCUGCUGGCCAAGCAGGGCUCCCUGUACCAUGAAAUGGCUAUUGAGCCGGCGGACGACAUCGAGGCAGUGACAGACAUCCUGACGCGGCGUGCGGCGGGGCUGGAGCUGCGCCCAGGGCUGGGUUGCCCGCCAUGGCUGGCGUUGUUCGCGGAGCCCCUGCCCGGCGCCUCGGCCUCCGACACUGACAGCGCGUCCAGCAGCAGCCCCCGCCCCGUGCGCCCGCUCUGGAGCCGGCCCCGCACCCUGUCCCUGGACGCCAAGCUCAGCACCCUCAAGGGGCGCGCGAGCCGCAGCCAGGCCCCUGCCCCACGCCCGCCGCCCGGCCCCCCGCGCUCCAGCUCCAGCUCCUCCAGCAGCCCCGACUGCGAGCGCCAGGGCCGCCGGCCCCUCCGUGCCCAACUGGACCCCCGCGCCUGGCUGCAGUCCCAGGUCUGAGCCACCGCGCAGGUGAGCCCCGGGUUUUUUGGGGGGCCAAGCUGAGGCUGCCCCCCACUACAUGCCCUGACCCCCCUGCUAGCUCUGAGGCUCCUAGGGGCUGUCUGCAUCCCAGCAGGGACAGGGGCUGCAACAGGGCAUCCCUGUCUGCACCCCACAGCCCCGCGCCUCUCGGGGAACCGCCGGCCCAGCCGGGCACGCACCCCCGGGCCGGAGCCGAAACCCCCUGGCCCUGGCUCACUGACCCCCACCCCAGGGUGCGGGCACAGGGGCCAGGCUGGGGCACUACCCCUGGUACAGAACUGGAAGGCUUUGGCCCACUUUGGGGGGACGAGGGGGCCCUAGCACCCCCGACUCCAGCUCAGCUGCUUUCCUCACCCUUCUAACCACCCUGGGCCGGAGCCAGCCCCCGCCCCCGCCCGGCCCCUCUGCCCACACCGGGGACCCAGGCCAUGUGCAGGUGCCAAUGCAAGGGGCAGAGCCGUGGCCCCCGGGAGAUGUGGGGGGGGCAAGCCUGCCGGCUCAUUAAUAUGCAUUAAAGUCUAUUUAACGUUU